GUUCCGUUCUUCUCCUGCGUUCUCUUUCCGCUCUGUUGCUUCUCUCUGUUUUCGUUGUCCUGCGCAACGCUUCUGUAUGGUGUCGCCCAACGAGGGAGAGAGACCGCCUUCUUCUGUUUGCUACUUCCUUUCCGUGUGCCCUCAGCCUCAACCGCGUUCCCUCUCGCUCUCCUCGUCUCCGUCGUCCUCGCUCAUCGUCGCGGCGCCGUCCAAAAGCAGCCGUUCGCUGUCCCUGAGAAGAAAACAAGAAACGGUCUCUUUCCCUUCCGUUUCGUCUCCGCCUGCAACGGUUGCAGGUGGUCUGGCGUCUUCGCAGGUCUCUUCUCUCACAUGCGCGCCUACUUGUUUGCUCUCCCGGCCCCGCGCGUCUCGUCUGCACCUCUCUCCCUGCUCUCCCGUCUCCUUAUGCUGCCCACCUUCUCUCUCGACAUCCAUCUCCUUCCUAUUCCCUCUUCUUGUCGCUGUGUGGGGUUUAGGGCACCUCUGCCCUUCUCUGCUUUGGGCUUUUCCACUUGCCAGACGAGACUCAAAAUGAGGUUCUCUCUGCGUUCUCCUCCGGUCCCCUUUCCUUCGGCGUCGCUCGCGCCUUUCUCGUCCACUGCUUCUCCCGUCUGGUCCUCUUCUCUCUCUUCUCGCGUCUCUUGUUCUCUCUCUUCUCUCUCCUCUCUCUCUUCUCUCUCUUCUCCCGUCUGGUCGACCUCUCGCCCAUCUGUCGGUGGGGUCAGGCCUCUGGUACGACAGACAGUCCGUGCUGCAGGGCGGCUCUCUGGGGAGGGACAUGUCUGUGAGCUAUGCGCUCCUUUCUGGCGCAAAGGCCUCUGCAUGAGGCUUGGAGUGCGACGUAUGUCCCCGGCGCCGACCGCGAGCGACACUCGCCUCAUCUGCUGCCCUCCGGGGCGCGCGCGCGCGGCAGGUGACUGCGGCCGAGAAGGCGGCGAUAUCUCGCCGCCAAAAGGAGGUCCCCUGCGCCUCUCCCCACCCGCCUCGGUGCCCAAGGAGAGGCGGAGGGAGAGAGGUGCGUUUGUCCUCGAGAGCCUGUCUUCGGGGCAAGCAGAAAUCGUGAGGAACCACGGCAGGAGUUCUUCUGCUCCGAACAGGGGAGGUGGCGGAUGUCGGAGACACUUUGCUUCUGCUUCGUCCAGCGCAGUGGGUUACAUGCUGCUUCGCUCUGUGAAACUCAAUGCCAAGCACAACUACGCGCCUCAGAUUCGAGUCGAAGAAGUUCCAGAGGCCGAAGGACGGUCCAGAGGAGACGCCGAGCCUGUCUUCUCACAUCCCUCUUCUUCCGCUUCUUCGUCGCCAGCAUGUUCCUCUUUGCUUUCUUCGUCUGCACCGUCCUGCUUCCGCAUGUUGCUGGAUGAGCAGCCUUGCUGCACCCCCAGCGGGAGCGAGCUUCUUCUCCCCUCGCGAAAUCUCGCGCUUUUAGUCGCCGCAGAGCAGGUAGCCCUGCGAGCAGAACUGAGAAAGCGCCUGGCUGUCUCCGCCGAAGCCGCGACGCAGCGGAGCGAAGCGUUUGCGUCUUCAGCGUCGGCCGCUUCUCGUCUGUCUUCCUCUCUCUCUCCCUCCUCUGGCCGCUGUGGGGAGGGAGGCGAGAAGAGAGACGCCCUCAGGGAGCAGAGCGCAAGGCUCCAGCAGUUCUUGAGGGAGCGCCCUUUCGCUCUUCGCCAGCCUGUCUCUUCGAUUGUCUUCACCGCAGUCGACCGCAUUGCGGCGAAUCGUAAAGAAACGGUAACCACGCUGGUGUCUCUGCUCCACAGCGAUACAGCCUUGUCGAGAGAAGAAGACAGCGACGCGAACCGCGCAUCUCUUCUCUCGCCCCCAGAGCGUGUACCGCCGCGAACGCAGGAAAGCGCCUCACCCGUUUCCUCGGAGGCAGCGCUUUUGUCAUCGGCCUCCCAGUUCCUGCGGGAUCGCCUCAGUGGGCCGUGGAAGGAAGAAGUCCGGCGAAGGGAAGAAGACGUUCUUGAGGCGCAUGUGCAGGCGUUUGAGAGACGGCGUUGUGCCGGCGAGUCUCUCCACCGCAACAGCGGCUUUUCAAUCGUUCACCAAAGCGACAGCGUUGUGCAGCGCCUUGAGGCCCUCUACCACUCGUGCUCUCCUUUCUACGUCGCGGCCCUCCAAGUUGCUGCCAUGCAGCUUCGCUCCCUCAUCCUAGCAGACGAGCUUCUCCAGUCCGUGUGUGGCGAAGCUCGCAGCAGCGGCGCCGCGGAGACUAGCCACGAGGAGCGAACUGCGUUUGCAGCUUCCGCAGCAGCUAUCCCGGAGGACAACGAGGAUCUCAGACAGAACAAUCCGGGCGCAGGGCUGAACGCGAAGAUCAUUCACUUUUGGAAAGCAGCGAACAUCGAAGCAGAGGAACAGCAGAAACGCUUCGGCUACGUUGAAGGCGUCCAUGACGUGGAAAAGGCCGAGGCUCUGCUGUGGUUGCAUGCAGCCGCUCUCGUUGUCAAAUUCGCUUAGGGCUCCGGUGCCGCCCCCUCUCGAUUCGGUGCGCCUUUCCUCCGUGUCGCGCGGCUUCUCUCACACAGAGAGAGCUGCUUGCCCCAACGCGUUGCGGAGCUCUUGUGUGGCAAGACUGAUCGUCGAUUUUUCUCUUCUCGUCGGCAAUGGGCCGUCCUGGGUGCUACAAGCGCGCAGUCGAUCCGAAGUCAGAACAAGGUUGUUGAUGGUAAACCCACGGUUGAGCAAAUCUUCUAACUGCUUGCGCAGACUUCAGUCCCGAUAAACUACAGUUCUGUGCACACAAAGAUUCAAGGAAGUACAGACUGAGUGUCGCAACGAAUGUUUCUCUCUCGAAAGACGAGUUUGAUGGCGAAGGCAAGUUCGCGGGGCUCUCUCCGUUCUCAACAUCGCUCCAAGGUAUCUUUGUUGAGGGAAAAGCGUGCGUUUAUAUUAACUGAUGCGCGCGCAGUCUCCAAUCCUUGUGGAUCAGGGAGUGUUCGACGGAGAAAGGGAAGGGCGUAGGAGGAACAGAGGACGUGAGUCCGACAAGACUCGACAAGACCUUCUUAACAGACGGAGACACAGAACCGAAAGGCACACGCAGAUAGAUUUACACGCCAGCGGAGUGAGAGAGAAGGAGUGGGAAGAGGGGGGGGUCGAAACAGCAAGAGAGGCGGAGAACAGGCGGAGAACAACUGCGGAAGAGAGAGCAAACGAGAAACACGAGAGAGACAACGAGAGAGAAUAAAACUUGAGUGAGGAUAGGAGAAAGGACGGACAGGAAAGAGGAGAACGCGGCGGUAGAGAAAAACUCGAGAGUCAGAGGAAGCGAGAGGUACAGAGAGUCUGAGAAUCAGAGAGACAAGGGACAACAAUUGAGCAAGGUAUCCCGACAGAGGCGGAGCGAGAGAGGGAACACAAUAGAGAAACUGAAUAGAAGGAAGAGACGGAAAAAUUCCACGAGAGGUAGAAAGGACUGGAGGCACUGGAGGACGGACGCAGUAGAGAUCAAGAACGAAGGAAAACACGACAGAUGCAGAGAACAGCAGAGAUAACAACAGAGAUGAUGUCAUGGAGUGUGCGAGGGAAGGGUGAAGCAAUGGAGGAUGAUAGACAGAGACAGACGAGACGGAGAGCCAGCGAAACAGGGGAGACAACGACCUCUCUCCUGUUACCGUCUAUAUUACUAGCGUCUAGCAAGUGUCAUGUUGGACCGACUCGUUGCGAAAGAACAGAGCAAGAUGCUUGCAAGUCCUUCCUUCUCGACGUCAUCAGGAGGGCAACUGUCGGCAGCGCCCAACAGCAGGCCUUAAAUGGUCAUGCGCCAAGCCUGUGUGUAACUAGCAUUUUCGUCUAACACCGAUGUACUCUCAGACUCUUUCCAUUCGCUCGGAGCUUCAGGC